ACUGUGAGUCAUCAUCCGAUUCAUCGAUGCGCAAACUCCGGCCGCCAUGUUAAAACGGAAAUAAAAGUAAACAGUUGUACUAAGUUACACAUUUUAUUGUUUGUGUCUAUAUCGGCUCAACUCAUCACAAGAAACACACAAGAUUGCCCGACUAGUUUGGGAGCAGGAUGGCAUCUCUAGGCCUACACGACUCUAUUCAAAUAAAAUGGGACCCAAAGAACUUGGAUAUAAGAACGAAGUCGGUAGAGAAAACACUGGAACCGCUUGUUACUCAGGUUACCACACUCAUCAGUUCCAAGGGCCCAUCGAACAAAAAGAAAGGCCGGUCCAAGAAGGCACAUGUGCUCUGCGCGGCUGUGCAGAAAGCCACCGAACAUUUCACAAUCGCUGGCGAGCACAUUGCAAGCGAAAACCCUGAGGUCAGGGUCGAAAUGUUGGCUGCGGUCGAAGAGGUCAAGAAAGCCGGCGACACGAUGCGCGUGGCGUCGAAGGACUUUGCGGACGACCCGUGCUCGUCGGUGAAGCGUGGGGCGAUGGUUCGUGCUGCGCGUGCUCUGCUCUCCGCUGUCACACGCCUGCUCAUCCUUUCCGACAUGGUCGACGUUCACAGGCUGCUCAAAUCGCUCAAAGUGGUUGAGGAUGACAUGGGCAACAUCAAGAAUGCAUCAAACCAACAGGAACUGCUGGACAGCUACAAGAACUUUAGCAAAAACGUGAACGAGUUGACCCAGCAGGCACGCAAGCGUCAGCAGGACCUGAAGGACUCGCGUCGCCGUGACGAUCUCGCCGCAGCCAGGGCUGUGCUCAAGAAGAACAGUGUCAUGUUGCUGACCACAUCGAAGGCUUACAUCCGGCACCCGGAGCUGGCGCCGGCGAAGGAGAACCGCGACUACGUCUACAGGGAGGUGUGCGAGGCCGUCAACGCCAUCUCUGAGAUCGCGCAGGCGCCGGGCGAGUCGGAGGCAUCCGAGUUAGAGAAGGCUGGAGUGCUCGCUAGCGCCCUCGAUGACUUUGACGCGAAGAUCAACAUGGACCCGGUCAAGUACAACGUCGUCGUCACGCGGCCAUCGCUCGAGGAGCGUCUCGAGAGCAUCAUCAGCGGCGCGGCGUUGAUGGCCGACUCGUCGUGCACGCGCGACGAGCGUCGCGAGCGCAUCGUCGCCGAGUGCAACGCCGUGCGGCAGGCGCUGCAGGAUCUGCUCACCGAGUAUGAAAACAACGUCGGCCGUAAGGACCAGAGCGAGCCGCUGGGCCGCGCCAUCGACAACAUGUGCCGCAAGACACGUGACCUUCGACGGCAGCUGCGCAAGGCCGUCGUCGACCACGUGUCCGACUCGUUCCUCGAGACGAACGUUCCAUUGUUGGUUCUCAUCGAGGCGGCGAAGGCCGGCAACGAGAAGGAGGUGGAGGAGUACGCGCAGGUGUUCACCGAGCACGCGAACAAACUCGUGGAGGUGGCCACCCUCUCCUGCUCGAUGUCCAGCGACGAAGAACGGGUCAAGGUCGUGCGCCUCGCUGCUGCGCAGAUUGAGAGCCUGUGUCCGCAGGUGAUCAACGCUGCGAGGACCCUCGCUGCUCGCCCACACUCCAAGGUGGCGCUGGAGAACAUGGAUGCGUUUAAGAAGGCAUGGGAGGAGCAGGUGUGUCUGCUCACAGAGGCUGUGGAUGACAUCACCACCAUAGACGACUUCCUCGCAGUCUCUGAGAGCCACAUACUCGACGACGUGAACAAGUGCAUGCUACGUGACUACUUUGUCCCGUACCCUGUGUGGCAUGACUACCUUGUCAUCUAUAAGGUGAACCUUGGCACAGGACCACUGAAAUCCACGAUGGACGUCAUCAAGGCUGCGAAAAGGAUCUCCGAACUCGGAACGAAGCUCUGCAAGAUCGCGAGCACGAUCGCCGAACAGUGUCCUGACUCCAGCACUAAGAAGGACCUAGAUGCGUAUCUGCAGCGCAUUGCUCUCUACUGCCAUCAGCUGAACAUCACCAGUAAGGUGAAGACCGAAGUACAGAUGAACAGCGGUGAGCUCGUCGUGUCCGGGCUUGACAGCGCGACUUCUCUCAUCCAAGCAGCUAAGAACCUGAUGAACUCUGUGGUUCUCACCGUAAAGUCUUCUUACGUUGCAUCGACCAAGUAUCCAAGGGGAACAAACAGGAAGCCGAUCGUCGUCUGGAAGAUGAAGGCGCCGGAGAAGAAGCCGCUCGUGCGUCGCGAGAGACCGGAGGAGCUGCACGCGAAGAUACGCAAGGGCUCGGAGAAGCGCGCCAGCGUCAACCCGAUCAAGGCCCUCAGCGAGUUCCAGAACCAGAUCUAGGGGGCGCCACGUUGCGGCGGGCGACGCCGAGGUCACGUACGGGUCAGGUAGAGGUCGUGCGUGGUCACAUGAAGGUCGCGUUGGGUCGUACGUGGGCAUGUGGGGGUGUUGCGUGGGUCACGUGAAGGUCGCGUGGGGUCGUGCGCGGGUCACGUGUAGGUCGUGUUGGGUCGUGCUGAGGUCACGUGGCGGUCCCACGGUUGUCACGUGAAGGUGGUGCAGGAUCGCGUGGCAGUUGCUUAGAGGAUGUGUUGUGAGUGGCCUGUGAUCGAGGCAUACAUGCCGUGGUUGUCCUCUGUUCUAUGUCGCAAUGCAGAUGCUGCUACCAACACACAGCCUUUUGCUUGUUCUUGGCAUCUGGGCUGUGAUAUGGCAAUAGCUGCCAUACAAAAAUUGUAAAAUGCUUGGCUGAACUGUUCAGGCAGCAGCACAAAUCACCAUCUUGUAGCAAUGUUUCUAUAUAGUUGAGCUCGGCACACAGUGUAGUGAGCUAGUACCACAGUGUCUCAUGCUGGGAACAUUUUAUCACACUGGUAACACAUUUUAUCGUGCUGGGAGGGACCAAAGUAUAUUACGCUGGUAUAUUUGACUUGUGGCUGGAAUGGGCACGCUGAGGAAUAUGGUGCACUGUCCUCUGAUCAUGUGCUUGGGGUAAUUUACGAGAGUUUGGUUUUACACCGGGGUGCACGUUGCUCCCGCGUUUACAGAAACGUUGCUCGAUUCUAGCGCUUCUGCAUUCGGCAAUUUACGUAAUUAUGUACUCAUUAAUUGUUGUGACAUAAUGUAUAUAUAUCGCAUACCAGCUUGCAAAAAGUGCACACGUAACCACGGUAACGGGAGGUAACGCAUGCGUGUGUAACUAACCCUGAUAGGGUCUAUGUCCUCCAGGAUACUGCCGGAACGUACCCUGGGUACGGUUC